UAUAGUAGGGUAUGUUUUGCAUCCAAGACGGGGCGUGUUUAAAUGUCAUUUUACUGAUAGUUUCUUUCAGUUUUGAGCUUUGUCGACGACGGCUCGACGCAUAGAAUUCCACAUUUUUAAAUAUCCAUCCAUAAACAUUAGCUGACUUUAGUCCUCAGAACAACAUUGGAUACCCUGUAUUGUGUGAGCCAUGGCCAAGUCAGUGACGAUCCCUCUGGAGGAGGAGAUUGUGAGCAUCCUGGGCCAAUGUGGAUCAGCUCUGACUUACGCCCUGCAAAGCAAGUUUGGAUGUACUGCCGUGCUCCAUGGUGUGGAUGCCGCCAGUGCAGGUGCAGGACAGCCCAAGAAGCCAUUGCCUGAGGUGAGGUUUUCUACCCAGCUGUCCAAGGGCCUCAGGGUGUCUGUAUGGAGGGACGACCUUACCACUCACCGUGGCGUAGAUGCUGUGGUCAACGCGGCCAAUGUGCACCUCAGUCAUGGGGGAGGUCUCGCCAAGGCGCUUAGCGAUGCCGGUGGCCCAGAUAUCCAGCGAGAGAGUGACCAGUACAUAAAGAACAAUGGAAAGUUGUUAACGGGAGAUGCCAUCAUCGCCGCACCUGGAUACCUUCCAUGCAAGAAGAUCAUUCAUGCUGUCGGUCCAAGGCUGUCGUUCAACCCCACAAAAUCCGCUGUUGAUUAUGGCACAACACAACUCCAAAAGGUUGUUGAAAACAUUCUGCAGGUGAUGAAGAAACAGAAUCUGAAGUCUGUCGCCAUUCCAGCCAUAAGUUCUGGUCUGUUCAACUUUCCCCUGUCACUCUGUGCAGACGUCAUUGUUAAAACCCUGAAACAGUACCAUGAUCACCAUUACUCCGGGGCUCCUUUAGAGGUACGCCUGGUCAAUCACGAUGACCUAUCGGUCAGGGAGAUGGAAAGAGCAUGCUGUCAAAUACUGGGGUCAUCAGGUUCACACAGUCAACCAGCGGGGGCUCAGGGGCAGCCACCUAAGGCAUCAUACAGUAAAGUUGUGAGUCAAGGCUCAACUUCAACUUCGAUGAAAAUCAACAAUGUCACUCUGAUCCUCAAAAAAGGAUACAUUGAGAGACAGGAGACGGACGCCAUUGUGAACACAAUUUCUUCCAACCUUGAUUUGUCAUCCGGGGAAAUAUCCAGAGCAAUUCUGGAAAAGGCUGGAAAAGGCAUACAGGAGGAGAUAUUGAAAUGCUUCAGCAACAAUGGUGAAGUUAUUGAGACCACUGGACACAAUUUGUUAUGCACUUCUGUGUAUCACACGAUAUGUCCUUACAAACAUAAACACACAAGUCAAGCAUCUCAAAAGAAUCUUAGUGACAUCAUCUCAAAGUGUCUGGGCAUGGCACAAAACAAACAGCUGUCGUCAAUCUCCUUCCCAGCCAUUGGUACUGGUAUGCUGGGCUUCAACAAGCAAGAGGUUGCCCAGAUUAUGAUGGACACAGCAGGGAAAUUUGCCCAGCAAAACAAUGGAAUGAACAUGGAUAUCUAUUAUGUUAUAUAUCCAGCGGACACUGAGACAUAUAGGGCCUUUGAAGAUGAACUGAAAUCUCUUCAAGGCGCAACACAAUAUUCUCACUCCUUCAACAGUGCCUCCGAUCAAGAAUUUGAGAACACAACUGGCCAUUUUGACUCCAGAGAUGCAAGGAAAAGUGCACAACCAUAUAUCAUGCUCAGCAGUGCCUUUGAUGCGGCGUUGAGAGAGGCCAAAAACUGGUAUUUUGAUGUUUUCUACCCUGCCUUCAAGAAUGUCUUCACCAUUCGUAACAACUUCAUCCAACACUUUGGUCAGCAUGAGUUUGAAAAGCUGCUGAUCUUUCAGACCAAGUGGGAAGCUUCCAUUGAGGUGUUCUUUAAAGAUGGUUGUGCCGGCGUGAACAUCCAGGGGGAUUCUAGAGAUGUCAGAGCUGCUGUAUUAGAGGUGGAAGCCAUGUGCUGCAAAGUCCAAGAGGAUUUUGCAAAAGAAGAGGAGAGUGACAUGGGCCUGAAAACUUCCACCAGUUCCUCAAGGAAGCCUGUAGGCGAGAACAGUUCUGACUAUAGAGAAAGACAGCAGAAUUUUUCCGGAUUUGAAAUUGUCAGGGUUGAGAAAGUGGAGAACAGCGCCCUGAAGCAGGUCUUCGAGCUUAAAAAGAAGCAGUUGGAAGUGUCUACCUCUCAGCGAAUGUACCAGCGCCUGCCAGCGCAAUACUGUGAUCUGCUCAACAGAGUGGGCUUCCAGAGGGAGUUUGCACCACCUGACGAGCAAAAGUAUGGAGAGGGGAUCUACUUCAGUGGCAGCGUGGAUGGGGCAAAGAGGCAGUGGAAAGGCUUGGCUGACGAGGAGUACCUGUACUUCGUUGAGGCGCAGGUGCUGACAGGGAAGUCCACACUUGGCUCACCAGGUCUUAUUGUGCCACCGGAGACCCACAGCAGAGACCCCAUUACUCUGUAUGACAGCGUGAAUGGGGGUGUAGACACCUGUGUCAUCUUCAAUGGUCACCAGGCCCUACCUGAAUAUCUGAUAAUCUGCAAAAAAACAAGCCAUAAGUUCUAAUAAGGAUGAAGUUGAUAAUGGGGGAAAAUAUGUGCUAUUAAGUAAUUUUGUUUUAAAAUAACCAUAUUGAACUUUACUUUGUGCUCUACUCAAGACUAUAUGCAGGACAACUGAAUUUGAUAUAGGUUACCAAUGAAUUCAGAUCAAAUGUAUUAUCCCACCAGGGGGAUAUUCAUUUGGUCAUGUGCUUAAAAAGACGGUACAUGAAAACACAGAAACGACACAAUAGAAUUCAUUAAAAGUGCUAUAGCUACACAUUUAAAGUGAAAGUGUAAUAUGCUAUAUACUCGAGGGACCAACAGACUAUCUAUUAUACAGCCUAAUGGCUGUUGGAAUAAAAGAGUCCCCAUAUCUAUGUGUUUUGAUUUUCUUUUGAAGAAGUCUCUUUCCCCUUGUCCGGCUGGUGCUGUGAAUGAGUGUUGAGUGAAGGGAAUGAGUACUAUCCUGUAAAAUGCUUUCAAGUUUUAGGAGGAUGAGUUUUGUUUAUAGGUUGGUGGCUGAUUCUUGAUCUAUACCAAUUAUCCUUCCCGCCGUCUUAAUCACGCGCUAAAGCUGGACUUGGUCUUGCACUCGCAUGUUUCCAAACACGCAUAUCAGACCAAAGAACAGCACUCUGCAGAACAGAUUUAUAGAGAAGCUUGGUCUGGGUGGAGGAAAAUGAAAUUCUGACAUGUUUGCAUCACAUUUUAUAUAGUUUUUUUUAUUUUUCAUGGUUUAGUUUCAUUUUCUGCUUCAGUAUCAAAGCACUAUGGUUUCAGUUUAUAACCAACAAAAUGAAUGCAGUUUGAAUAAAUGUUAUCAUUUCAUAUUGAUAAUACUGACAAUCCUUUGUUUGUUUUUAUAAUGAAGUAUGAAAAUGUAUGCACUCACUAACUGUAAGUCGCUCUGGAUAAGAGCAUCUGCUAAAUGACUAAAAUGUAAAAAUGUAAUGAGUGCAUAUUGUGAUAGCAUCAUACUUUAUGUAAACAUGCUUUGGUAGAGAGAUUCGCUUUUAUUACACUGGAUGAUACUGCUACAUAAAAAAACAACUCUACACUAGCCUUCAAUGAACAAGGCAAUAAACUAUUUUAUUAGAUGUUUGUAAAAAGGUUAUGGUUCACAACAUUCUGUCAAUUAGUGACUUGGAAGGACUACAGAAUAGUAGUUUGCCAAAUUGCGCUAAACAAUUAAAUAUACUGUAACUGCAUACAUUCUGAUACUGUACUUCCACCUAGUACAUCAAUAAUUAAAAUAUGAUUUGAGUUUUAA